GCGUUCUAUUCUAACAAAUUUAUUUCCAUUCAUAUAGUGUAUUCGCGGGUACUUGGAAUGUACACGGAAGUACUCCUGAUGAAUCUUUAGCACCAUGGUUGCUCGGUAACGCUACAGAGGACGAGAAGGCUAUUGAGCCAGAUCUCUAUAUCAUUGGUCUUCAGGAAAUGGACUUGAGCACAGAAGCAUACCUCUGGACAGACCCAACUCGUGAAAAUGCUUGGUGUGACGCAGUUAUGGGUGGCCUAGGAAACAGAGCUCAAAAGUAUACAAAGGUCGCGUCUCAACAACUUGUUUCGAUGUUGAUCAUCGUUCUGGCUAAAGAGUCCCUUUCGGAGCAUAUCUCUGAAGUGUCUACAACAUAUACUGGAGUUGGUUUACUAGGAGUCAUGGGCAACAAAGGAUGUGUGAGCGUUAGAUUCCGUCUUUUUGAUACUUAUAUAUGUGCUCUGGGUAGCCACUUGGCAGCUUUCAUGAAUCAAACCGAAAAGCGCAAUCAGGAUUAUGCCGAAAUCUGUAAACGCCUAGUGUUUCCGAAUGUACCAGACGAGAAAACCGCUUAUGCUACAUCGUUGUGGAACGACGGUGGAGAUGAAGGCGUCCAAUUUAUUGAGAAUAGCAACGUUGUGAGAAAUUGGAAUAUGCAGAACUCCAUUUUCCAUUCAGAUCAUUUGAUUUGGGUUGGUGACUUGAACUAUAGAAUCAACCUUACAGAAGCAGAAGUCAAGGCUGCACUUCAAAGGAGGGACCUGAAGUCAUUGAGCGAGUAUGACCAACUGAACAUUGAGCGCAGCAGCGGACGCACAUUCCAUGUCUUUGAUGAAGGCGAAAUCGACUUUUUGCCAACAUACAAAUAUGACGCAGGCACUAACCGAUAUGAUACAAGCGAAAAGAGGCGUGCCCCGGCGUGGACAGAUCGAGUCCUUUGGCGCAAAGCGAGAGUACAUCUUGAACCUCAUGCUGAAUCCGGUCAUCAUUCGGAUAUUCAAUUGACAUCAUACUCGAGUUGCAUGGAUAUGAUGAUGAGUGAUCACAAACCUGUGAACGCUAUAAUGCAUUUGAAAGCUAGGAAGAUUGACAUUGAGAAACAAGCUCAUACCAAGUCUGCCAUUGUCAAGCUAGUUUCUGAACACAAGGACGACAGAGGACCUGACGGAAGAAUAUCAAGCUCAUUUGUUGACUUUGGAGAUGUACGUUUCAUGACUCAAAAGGAAGUUUCCAUCACCCUCGAGAACACGGGUCAAAUGGUUGCCAGUUGGCAUUUCAUUCCCAAGCUUGAUGAAACCGUCAUCUGCAAACCUUGGUUACAAAUUAGUCGUGUCACUGGCGUCCUUGGACCAGGUGAACAAACUGUCAUUGACUUCCGCAUUCUGAUUGAUGCAACGACCGCAUCCACCUUCAAUAAUGAUGAGGACGAUAUCGACGAUAAAUUAAUUCUGCGACUUGAAAAUGGCAAAGAUUUCUUUUUGGUCAUCAGUGGAAAGUAUAUACCAACUUGUUUCGGCAUGAGCCUCGAGAAGCUUGCUCGGAUGAAGUACGCAGUGAAUUCCCCAGAGAAUGAUCGGUCACAGCGAUCCAGUAGAUCACCAAGCCCUGAAUCCAGUCAGAAUGGAUCCAUGCCAAAAGAGAUCUGGAGAAUGCUGACUUUCUUGUGGAACAAGAGUACGCUACAGCUUGAUGGCCUGUUUUUGGAGAGUGGUAAUCUGCUACUGGCUCAAUAUAUUACAAAAUGUUUAGACACGGGUGAUAACUUCGAUAGCUCCAUUUUAAUGGGACUGAAGGAGGACGAUGAAGACGAGGAACCUACUACUUCGUCUCCUCAACUGGACGCACCAAAGACAGAUCAUAACCCUCUGGCACGUCGACAGUCGCGAGAGGAGGAGGAAGCCAUCGAAAGUUUGAAACAUACUGAGGAAGCACCGAAUACCCUUGAAGAACAAACUGCCAAAAUGAACGUUACAGACGACGACGACGAUAGUCAAGAAGUUAACGAAGCUGUCAGCCCGACUAUUGGAGCUAACUCCAUGGUAGAUGUACUUAUUGCAUUCUUACGAUUUUUGCCCGACCCAGUAAUUCCCGUCACCCUGUACAAACGUCUUCUUGAUGGCACCCUUAACCCUAAUGUAGACCAGCUUAUUGAACACAUGAGCGCUGUUCAUCAUAGUGUGCUUCUCUACGUUGUUAAUUUCCUUCGGGAUGCCAUUAAGCAUAGUCCUGAGAACUGCGUCGAAGAAAGGACGUCGAAAAUCGUGGACACCUUCGCGACUGCCUUGAUGCGUCCUCCAGUGAACUACAGUGACCGUAAUCCGAGAUUGACAAAGCAAAAGAAGCAACAUGUCAUGAAAGGCUUAUUGGCAUAAUUGAAUCAUACGCCUGUGAUAUUUCGCUUAUUUGCUCCAUUGGAGCAUAUUAACUAUUAGUCAAUUUGAUCUUCAACAUCAGAGUUAUAUUAUUAAAAAUGUACAAAAGCUUUCGAGGAUUUUAUUGUUGACAUAAUU